GCUAGCUUGAUGUUUUCUGCUUCACGGAGUCGCGCUAAAGUGACGCAGCUGUGCCAAGAAGGAAAACAGCCCGCAGCGCAGCUGAACAUGGCAGCGCUGCUCAAAGGCCUUCGUGCUGGAAGGGCACUCCGGGGGCUGGCCAGAGUGGUCGCUGCACCAACAGCACUGAAUCCGCAGAGGGGCACCCUGAGCCGAAGCUUCCACCGUGCAGCGCUGAGGCUUCAGGAUGAAUCCAAAUCUGACAAACCCCCUUCUUCCUCCUCCUCCUCCUCCACCCACCACGAGCACUACCAGGGCCACCGCGCCGCCGAUGAGGACCCAGCAGAAGCUGCUGAGGAGGCCUCCAGGCCAAACACCAGUUACCAGGACCAGGGCGGCGACCAGGGGGAGGAAUACGAAACAGAGGAGCAACUUCAGGCCCGAGUCCUGACCGCUGCUCUGGAGUUCGUCCCUCUGCACGGCUGGUCCAUGGAAGCCAUCGCCGCCGCCGCUGAGACGCUGGGCCUGUCCUCUGCCUCCACUGGAAUGUUCUACAACGGAGCUGGAGACCUGGUCCUCCACUUUGUCGCCCAGUGCAACUCCCAGCUGACGGAGACGCUGGCUGAACAACACAACCAGGUCCAGCUGGGCCAGGCCGAACCGAAGAAGACUGCUGACUUUCUGAGAGAUGCUGUGGAGACCAGACUGAGGAUGCACAUCCCAUACAUUGAAUCCUGGCCACAGGCAAUGAGCAUCCUGCUGCUCCCUCAUAACAUCCCAGAGAGCCUGAAGCAUCUCUCCACCCUGGUGGACGACAUGUGGUACUACGCCGGGGACCGCUCCACAGACAUGAACUGGUACACCAAGCGGGCGGCACUGACGGGCAUCUACAACACCACCGAGCUGGUGAUGCUGCAGGACUCCUCUCCAGACUUCCUGGAUACCUGGAACUUCCUGGACAACCGCAUUCAGGACGUCGUCAACAUGGGCAAAGCCGCCAAGCAGGCGCAGGCGACCGGUGAAACAGUGGUGCAGGGGCUGAUGGGAGCUGCUGUUACACUGAAAAACCUCACAGGUCUGAACCAGAGGCGAUGAUGGAAAUCUCUCACCCACGCUGAUCACUACUGCCUGGCCAAAGAUGAAGAUCCAUUUUCUUUUUGCUCUUAUUUUGGAUAACCUGAUAGUAUUGGGUUAUGGAUUGUGUUAAGCAAGAGGAAGCUAUUAUUGGUAACAAGUCAUACUGAGGAGACUCUUUCUGUUCUUAUGUCUUGUCUUACUGUCCUAAGAUUUCACUUUGUUUUUUCCCUUUGGACAUAAUAAAACACAAUGAAGUCAAAAUUA